CGUUUCUGAGUGAAGAAGAAAAAGGGUUUAGGGUUCAAAGGAAAAAUGGAGGAGAAUCGUCGGAAUUCGUUUGCCGGUAUGGAAGUUCCAGUUGCCGGCGGCGGAAAUGUUGUCAAAUGGAUUGAGAUCUCUGUACCUUCACCAUCUGUUUCUUCUUCUAGUAUCGGUGCUAAUUCAAGUGAGGACUAUGAGUGUGUUCAGCUUCCUUCGUAUGAAGACUACGCUUCUAGCUCUGUAAUUGGAGAACCUCCGAUCUCUUUCGUUUGGAGAAUCAACAAGACGAGUCCAAAUGCUCUUGAGCUUCUUCAGCUCUCUGCUAAAUCGGGAUUCCCAAUAACUGGGAUGCGUUUCGUUUUUGCUCAGACUCUUUCUCCUUUUGCUUUUGUAUACGCCGAUAAGGGUAGUGAUAGUGGUCGUCUUGUCUACUUUCUUUAUGCUCUCACGCCGUCUGGUGUUGUCUACGUUCUUCAACUUUCGAAUACGUCAGCUUAUAAGUCAGGCUCAGUCUUCCCGGUUGAUCAUCUGAUUCACUUGGAUGUUCGACCUUACUUGAACGAGACUCGUGUUACUAGUGUUGCUGCAUUGCCUGGUUUCAUUUUUCUCGGGAGGUCCGAUGGUUGUGUCUCUUGCUUCCAACCUGUUGUGUAUUUUCAGAAAUCAUCAGGUUUCCACCAGGAGCUGCGUGAUGAUACAGGAUUUGGUCGUCUAUGGGGAUUCGUAAGGCACGUCUUGGGCACAGUAGUUGCAGCCAUACAAGAUUUAUUUAUAUCAGAAGUUCAUGGAAGAAAUUAUAUAUGUGUGCUUCAUGCUGAUGGGGCAUUACGUGUUUGGGAUAUUUUGACUUAUAGCAGGGUUUUAUGUCAGAGUAUAGCUGCUAAGAACCUUGAGGGGGUUAUGUGUGUGAGGUUAUGGUUGGGCAAAGCUGAUUACGAUUCUGGAAUCAUUCCAUUAGCUGUCUUGUAUAGAAAGAGUAUGGAUGACAGCAUGGACGUGAUCACUGUAUAUGGCCUGCACUUUAGUUCUGGGGAGGGGAUAGCUUUGUCUCUAGAUUCUGGAUUACAGAAUAUUCCACUGAAGGAGGGGGAAUUGCGGGAUGUCAGAUUUACGUCCGACAAGAUCUGGACUCUAAAGGCCGAUGAAUUGACAUCUCACAUGUUGUUCCAGAAAUCUAACACCAUGGAAGCACAGUCUUACACUUUGCAGGAAGACUACAUUUCUGAACAGCUAUUUCUGAGUUCUAGGACUUCUUCACAGGAUCUUCUUUUGACAACUCAUUCACUGUUUUCAUCCGCAAAGGAUCAAAUUAUGGGAUUCAUUUCGUCGAUCUUCUUACGCAGGCUUCUUUGUCCUGGAAUUUUUCACAAUGUUGCCUUGCGUCUAACUUUAAUGGACCACAACAAACACUGGACUGAUUCUGAGUUUCAAUCUUUAAGUCUUGAUGAGCUUACAAGCGAGAUUCUUUUACUGGUUGAGCAUGAGGUUACGGCUGAAACUUCUAUUUCAGUUUUUCAUUGGUGGAAAAACUUUUGUACAUGCUAUCUCCAUCAUUGGUGCAAGAAUAAUGAACCUCGCACGUUGCUGGUUCAGUCAGAUGUUAUUGGUUUAGUUAGAAACAAUUCUGUAUCAUUGUUUUUUAGAUUGGAGAACGCUGAGCACAGCCUUGGAGGUUCUUCCUCCGAACACAGCAACCUGACAAGCUUAGGCUUGGGCGUGUCUCACAAUGAACAUGAAAUUCUGGCAGAGGUACUAAGAUGUACUUCGAAGAUCAGUAAACAGUGGGGUGGUGCUCCUUAUGCCAUGUAUUAUGAAUCAAUUACUGGAAAGCCAGUUAUCUCAUCUGAUGAAAUUGUUCCUCUCUUAGUUAACAUCCUUGAGUCGGGAUAUUCUACGACCAUAGGUCAGCGUACUUGGUCAGAUCUUGGUGCUGAUAGAGCAUGGGAAAAAGAGCUAGAAGCUCAUAAAAAUCUUAGAACAUUCUCCAUUGACAUGCUAUUGUCUCUCUCUGCUCUAUGUCAAAGGGCUGGAUCUUGGGAAAAAGUUUUUACUAUCAUGGAGCACUAUUUGCAGUAUUUGGUCCCUAAGAAAUCUAUGCAAAAAAAUGAUGGUGAGGCAUUAUCUGAUAUCUGUAGUUCUAUCCUCGUCCAAGCAACUUCUCAGUUUGUAAAGGUGAUGUUUGAGUCAGCAUUUGACAUCUUCCUACUGGUCAGCUAUCUGCUUAACAUUGCUGGACAGGUUAAUAUGUCACAGCAAGACAUGUGCAAGCUACGGCUUGAGUUGCUUCCGAUGAUCCAAGAUAUUGUCUCAGAGUGGCUCAUUAUCCUUUUCUUUGUUACCACUCCAGCUGAGUCAACUUCUAUGGAAGAUUUCAGCUUGAAACUUUCAUCUCUACAGAUUGAUAGCAGCAUUGACAAAAGAUCAUGGAACACAAUGCUUGGGAAAUGUGGUUUCUCAUUGGCGUUUAUUCUUCUCUUUAGUGACCGAAGUUGCAUUGUGGACAGCCGCUUUAACUUGAGAUAUCUUCCGAGUUCACAAAUCAUUACAAGUUUGGUGCAAAACUUUAUCAGCUGGAUUCGUUAUAGUAAAACAGGAGAGGAGUCUUCUUCACUGCUAAGACGCUCCACUGAGCUUAGUCUUAGGUUGAUUAGGAAUGGACAAUCUGAUGCUGUUGAGCGAAUCCUUGUGGUUGUGGAGGCAAGUUUACGUGGGGAGAAAACAUUUGGAUGUUCUCAAGAUGCUAGUGGGGAUUGGUGUCUUCUUCAACAUCUCCGUGGUUGUUGCCUUCUUGAUCAAGUACAACGUGGGGCAUGCGGCAUAUUAAGAGAGAGGAAGAUUAUUGAUGCCAUCCGCUGUUUCUUCAGAGCUUCAUCAGGUGAAGGAUCUUGGAAGGCUUUACACAGCCUGUCUAAAGAAGCAGGAUUUUCACCUGCCACAACGGGUCCCAGUAUUUCAGAUGGUUCUAUGUCUUGUGCGACAUGGAAACUUCAGUACUACGAGUGGGCUAUGCAAAUUUUUGAACGGUACAAUAUAAGUGAAGGAGCUUGUCAGUUUGCCUAUGCAGCCCUUGAGCAAGUAGAUGAGGCCUAUGAUUUCAUUGAGAGGACUGAGGAAUUCGAUCUAACUAAAGCAGCCACGGACACUAGAGGACGACUGUGGGCAAAUGUUUUCAAGUUCACCUUAGAUCUGAAUCUCUUGAACGACGCUUACUGUGCUAUAAUUUCAAACCCUGAUGAGGAGAUUAAGCGCAUCUGUUUGAGGCGCUUCAUAAUAGUUCUGUUUGAAUGUGGCAAAACAAAGAUCCUCAGUGAUGGACAUCUACCUUUUAUUGGCCUAACAGAGAAGAUCACCCAAGAGCUUUUCUGGAAGGCCGGACGUUCUGAAAUAAUGAUGAAGCCAAAUCCAUACAAGCUGCUUUAUGCGUAUGAGAUGAGACGACACAAUUGGCGAAUGGCGGCAAGUUACAUGUAUCAGUUUUCUGCCCGUUUGAGAAGCGAGGCUGCAUGCAAGGAUUACAAACACAUGUCCCUAGUUUUGCAAGAGAGGCUUAAUGGACUUUCUGCUGCUAUUAAUGCAUUAGCCCUUGUUCAUCCUGGGUAUGCUUGGAUUGAUCCAGUACCAGAAGAAUCCACACGUUAUCCAGUUAAAAAGGCUAGAAGAGCAGAAGAAGAACAAUUAAGGAGUAAUGACCAGCCCAAAGGGGAGCAGAGUUGCAUUGAUAUCGAGAAACUCCAAAACGAGUUUGUUUUUACUACUGCUGAAUAUAUGCUUUCUCUGAAAAAUUUCGGGUGGACAUAUUCAGGACUCGAAAAGCCACCAUCGGAUUUGGUUGACCUUCUUGUCCAGGCAAACUUGUAUGACAUGGCAUUCACUGUUGUUUUAAAAUUUUGGAGUGGCUCCGCUUUGAAAAGGGAGCUGGAAAAGAUAUUUGAGAAUAUGGCAAUUAAAUGUUGCCCUGCUAAAGGAGCGCUGUGGACAUCAAAUGAUCUCAGGCCUAAUCUUAUGUUAAUAUCUAACGAUGAAGAAGUUACUCAUUCGCCUGAUAGAAGCCCUGCUGUUCAGGGCUCUAAGUUGGCUGGUGACUGGGAAAUUCUUGAGGUUUAUCUGAAGAGGUACAUAGACAUACACGCUAGACUACCGGUUUCUGUUGCUUCAACCCUUCUUCAAGCCGAUUCUUGUAUCGAAUUGCCUCUCUGGCUGGUUCAAAUGUUCAAGGACGGUCAGAAGGAAAAAGCUUUGGGGAUGGCUGGGAAAGAAGCAAGUCCUGCUUCCUUGUUUCAGUUAUAUGUUGAUUAUGGGCGUCUUACAGAGGCCACUAAUUUGCUACUGGAGUACAUGGAAUCAUUUGCAUCAUCUAAACCAGCAGAGGUAUUGAAGAGGAAAAAGGUAUCAGGAGUUUGGUUUCCAUACACAACAGUAGAAAGACUAUGGUGGGAGCUAGAGAAAACGAUGAACUCAGGACGGAUGGUGGAGCAAUGUCAUAAGCUGAAGGAACAACUCCAUCAUGCAUUACUCAACCACUUAAAACUGCUAAAGGUGGACUCUAAUGAUGCUGUGUCCUCUGCAACCGCAGCAACAAUGGAGAAAUUAAAAUCGCUGAUUCCUGAGGAUCUUCUUCAAACGGUGAAAAGCAGCAGCGUCGAUGAUCUUCUCACCUCUACUUCUUCUCUUCUCCGUUUGUUCCUGGGCCUUCCUCAAUUUCACCAAGCGGUGAGUGAGUUAGCGGAUCCUGAAUUGGGUUGCUGUGGGAAGAACGAGGAGACAUCUCUGGACUUGAAACGUAGAGGAAAUCACUGCUUUCGCAGCAGAGAUUUUGACGAUGCUUUGCGUUUCUACUCUAAGGCUUUACGUGUUGCUCCUCCAGAUGCUAUUGAUGGAGAUAAGAGCUUACUUGCUUCUCUGUUUCUGAAUAGAGCUAAUGUCCUUCAUAAUCUGGGACUUCUCAAAGAGAGCUUGCGGGACUGUCAUCGUGCUCUUCGGAUUGAUCCUUGUUAUGCAAAGGCAUGGUAUAGGAGAGGCAAACUUAAUACUCUUCUUGGAAAUUAUAAAGAUGCAUUUCGUGACAUUACAGUUUCUAUGUCGCUUGAGUCAUCACCGGUGGGGAAGAAGCAGCUACAAAAUGAAUUGAAGGCUAUUCCAGAUUACCAGAAUAAGCAAACAUCGGAACACAAUGAAUAUUAUCCAAGCAAUUAUGCUGGCGCGGAUCAAUUGCCGAGUGUGCAAAUGGAAGUAAAGCUGUGUUGUGUGUCGACAAAAGAGAAAGGAAGGGGUAUGGUAUCAGAAUGUGAUAUUGAAGAAGCUUCUGUGAUACAUGUCGAAAAACCUUUUAGUGUGGUCAUAUCAAAAAAUUGUCGGGAAACACAUUGCCAUUUUUGCCUGAAUGAGUUGCCUGCUGAUACUCUCCCAUGUCCAUCAUGCGCAAUACCUGUGUAUUGCUCAGAAUCCUGCCAAAUUCAAUCAGUUGGAAUGCUGUCCACAAAUGAGAUGGACAAGCGUCGCAAUUUUCAGAAUCUACCUGAUGAUAUUGUUGAGCAUAUUAAAGGUGUUACAUCAGCCGAUAUGUAUUAUUCUGAAACUGAGUACAUUCAAGAACACCAGCAUGAGUGUCGGGGAGCCAAUUGGCCUGCUGUACUGCCAUCUAAUGCUGUUUUAGCUGGUCGAGUUAUAAUGAAGUUAAUAAAUCAAGGGAAAGCAGAUACAGAUCUUUCUAACCUUCAGGAGAUAUUAGAACUUUCCCAUAGCUACUCUAAGAUGAAUUCAGAGAGCAAGUUGGAGCUGCAUCUACUUUCCAUAGUAUUGAUUUGGUGCCUUAGUAAAUCUAGCUGUCCUAAUCUUUCGGUCUGUGAAGCUUCUGUGUCACAGACUAUCAUACUGCUGUCACAAAUCAAGGUGAACUCUAUAGCAGUUGUCCGUAUGAAAUCCAGCGGCGAUUCUUUCAAGUGCAUCCCAUCUGGAAACGUCUCAGCAAAAGAGCCGAUUCAGAGUUUAGAGCAGAUAAGAGUUGGUCAGGCUCUUUAUAAAACUGGAAGUUUGUUCAAUCAUUCAUGCAAGCCAAACAUCCAUUUGUAUUUCCUUUCACGUGGACUUGUUAUGCGAACAACAGAGUUUGUUCCCAUGGGUUGUCCCCUUGAGCUGUCAUAUGGUCCUGAGGUCGGAAAAUGGGACUGCAAAAAUCGCAUUAGAUUUCUUGAAGAGGAGUACUUUUUCCAUUGUCGGUGCCGUGGCUGUGCUCAAAUUAACAUAUCUGACCUUGUCAUCAAUGGGUAUCGCUGUGUCAAUACAAACUGUACUGGUGUAGUUUUGGAUAGUAAUGUGGCCACAUGUGAGUCCGAGAAGCUAAAUCAUUUUUUUACUGCUCCAAGAAACCUGGAUCAGCAAGUUCAGGUGAGGGAGAAGGUGGAUGCUGAUGUUGGGGAAGUGGCUUCGAGUUUGCUAAGUAAACCGAGAGGUUCCCUUCAUAUAGAACCUGAGAUAUGUUUGAAAUGUGGUUCCCACUGUGACAUCGAAAAUUCUCAUGCAGAGGUGAACAAAGCUUGGAAUCACAUGAGAAGGGUGGAAGAGUUGAUGAAUUCAGGACGGGCUAAUUAUUCUGUUUUAUCAGAUUGUUUAAGGUCCAUCGCCGUGCUUAGAACUUUCCUGCACAUGUAUAACAAAGACAUUGCUGAUGCAGAGGAUAAGGUUGCUCAGGCGUGCUAUUUAGCUGGAGAACUGGUGGAUGCAAGAAAGCAUUGUGAAGCGUCCAUUAAGAUUCUGAAGAGGCUGUAUGAGGAUGAACAUGUAGUGAUUGGAAAUGAAAUGGUGAAGCUUGCGUCGAUCCAGCUUGCAUCAGGUGAUUCCAGUGGAGCAUUGCACACAACAAAGAGUCUGUCUCAGAUAUUCUCAAAGUAUUACGGGUCACAUGCUGAGACUCUCUUCUCUUAUCUCCCAUGUCUUAAGCAAGAAGCUGCCAAACCGGUAAAUUUGUCAACUUCUUAACCCAAAAAGUUUGUGUUGUAAACUUGUAUUAGCUUUGUUAAUACAAAAACUAUAUUUUA